CCGCGUCCAACCAGAGACCUCCGUCCAACCACCUCAACAGGAACUGACGUCGCCUCCAUGCAAGUGGAUGGAAAAAACGCAGCUGCAGGAAAAAUGGCUCCAAACACUGUACCGCCGCUAAAAGGUGCUUAGAGCUUUGCUCCACAGACCUUUGGGCCACACUGACUUAAACGGAGUUACACUCAUGGCACCUUCCAGUUGACAGAAUGGCCCAAAUAUCAAGUGGUAAUGGGUUCAAGCUGGAUGUCUCCCAGCCAAAGGGGGUUGUGGGUAAAGAGGAAGCCCUCCGUAUGGAGGAAGAGGCUUUGGCAAAAUUGCAAAAAGACAAGAGACCCACUCAUUCAACUUUGACAUCUUCAUCUUUGUAUGCAACAUCCACAUCAUCCUCAAAACCAAAUCCAUCUAAAUAUACCACUACUGCUCCUUGUACUUUGCCCUCUAUUAACAGACCAGAAAAGGACCUUAUUGUCUUCCCAGAGACCAAGAAGCAGGCAGAGCAGGAUAAGUUCAGGGAUAUUGAUGUGGACAAGCUAACCAAUGAAGAACUUGAAAAGCUCUUACUGGAUGAAAACUUUGGGGCAAACAGUAAGGUGUCCCGUCCCUCCUCGCUGCUGGGGUUCAACCUCAGCGCCUCCUACCCUGGAGGCCAUGCCUGUAGCUCCUCUCCUUUCCAUGGCAGCCAGUGGUCACCUGUUCUGUCCACUCCAACAAACUCUAGUGUGUCCACUCCCACACAUCAGCGCUCCCCAUUGUUCCCCUCUGCGCCCUACCCCAAACCAGGCACAUUGCUAAAUGGCUUCACUCCAACCAUAUCGCCCUUUUUGGCUCUGCCAACGCAGCAGCCAUCUUUCAUGGUCUUCACUCCCAUCCAGCCUGCUGCUGCCAUGGUGUUCCCACAACCAGCUGUGGACCCAGAGAUGGCCAAACUGUUUGACAAGAUUGCCAGCACCUCAGAAUACUUGAAGAAUGGCAGAUCCGCCAGCACUGAGAUCGACUCCUCUCAAGUGGGCACAGCUUCUCUGGCACCCGACCCAACACCUCAGCAGCCAGCAGGGAUGGAAUCGUCAAGUGUCGGUAGCAUUGACUGGCUGGAUCUGGACCCGCUUACUAAACGAAAAGCUGAGAGUGAGGAAGCAUCAGUGGCAUCAGAAGGCACUGCACAGACGGUACCCGGUGUUCCUGCUGGGGAUCCUUGGGAUGCAGUGCUCGAGACUGAAGUAAACAGUAGUAACAACAGCCCCUCACUGGAGGCGAAAGCAUCACUGUCAGUUCGCUCACAGCCUAGGAGGGCAUCAGCAGGAGUAGCUGUCACUAGGAGCCACUCACUCAACAUCCCUGGGACCUCCUCCCAUCACAAAUCAAACAGUCAGGACAAGGGGAAAGUAAAAGGUUUGGUGAAGAACCUUGCCCUGGAGGAAGAAGAGGCACAAAACCUGGAGGUUGUCGCCUUCUGUGAAGACGUUGCAGCCCUGCGUUCUAAAUUCCCUCACGGUGACAUCUCCACCAACCCCGGCUUCGUCCUCAGUCCCGUCAUCACCCAGAGAGAUGGUGGAGGUGACAACACCUGUUCUGUCAAGGUUUCUAUUGAAAUCUCAGAAUCUCAGCAGCCUGUAACCUUCACCUGUGACGUGAGCUCUCCGGUGGAGUUGUUGAUCAGCCAGACUCUGUGCUGGGUCCAUGAUGACCUGGAUCAGGUCGACUUCUCCAGCUACCUGCUCAAAGUCUGUGGCCAGGAGGAGGUGCUGCAGAAUAAACACAGCCUCGGCAGCCAUGAGUAUGUCCAGAACUGCAGGAAGUGGGAGAAUGAGAUCACUUUACAACUACUCUCUCACUCCACCAUGAGAAGGGACUUGGCCCGCAGUGUGGAAGAUGACUGCUCAACUGUAGACUUAGAGAAGCACCUGGGCCAGGUGGAGAGGCCUUUUAAGGAGAAUGUCACAAGACAAGGCCUGGCUGACUACUUGGAAGGUUACCACAAUCAAGUCAACAUCUGCCUUCAAAAUGAGAGUACUCGGUAUAAGACUGUGGAUCGGGUGGUGCAGACUGUGAAGAACCUGUGCUGUGCUCUGGAUGAGGUGGAGACACAAGCCAUUACAGAGGCGGUCAAGAGGCUGCGGCAUUCUGUCAAUGUACCUCGAACAUGCUCACCCAAGUUGGGGUCCACAUCUUCUGGUCAGUCAUCAAAUGAUCACACCAGUCCUGUGGAGGAGAGCAUGGCGUUGCUAACGCAGGCGGUCUACAACGUGGCCAAGCUCUACCUGCGCUCCUUCUGUCCCCCCUCCACCUCCUUCAAGUCACAUUCGCUGCCCCAGGCUGCAGACAAGGAAGCUGUGGAGGGAAGGAGCAGCAAAGAAGCUUCUGGCACCACAGACCACCUUCAGUUCACCCUUUUCGCUUUGCAUGGAAUCCCGGCCAACUGGGUCAGCAGCUAUGAGAAGUACUUCCUAAUGUGCUCCCUCACCCACAAUGGAAAGAACCUGUUUAAACCGGUCCAAUCGAAGAGAGUGGGCACAUACAAAAGCUUCUUCUACCACAUCAAAUGGGAUGAACUGAUCAACUUCCCCAUUGCAGUCGCUGUGCUCCCACUUGAGUCCAUACUGAGCCUGACUUUGUUCGGGGUGCUGAACCAGAAUGUCGGUGGAUCCCCAGACUCCAACAAACAGAGGAAAGCUCCAGAGCAGCUCGGCAAAGUUUCCAUGCCACUCUUUGACUUCAGAGGGGUGCUUGCCAGGGGCAACAGGCUGCUCUGUCUGUGGAUAUCUGCCCAAGGAGCUGCUGUCGCCACUGGCUCUACAGCCGGUCGCAAGAGGAUGCCCACAGAGAGAAUUAUACUGCAGGUCGACUUCCCCAACUCAUCGGUGGAUGUUCUGUAUGUGGGACCCAAGGAAGCUCCCAGUCCGGACCCCAUCCCCCAGGAAGAGCUGGACCCAGACCUCCGACGCAAACUGGAGAAAAUCUGUAGCCGAGCUUCCAAUUUCGGGCUGAAGCGGGCAGAUCACCAGAUCCUAUGGGACCAUUGGCUUCACUGUAAGAGGGACCACCCCAGCAGCCUGCCCAAGGUGCUGGCCAGUGCACCUAGCUGGGACUGGGCCAGCAUGGCUCACAUCCACUCCCUGCUGCACCACUGGCCUCCUCUACCCCCAGUCACUGCAUUGGAGCUCCUCGACUCAAAGUUUGCAGAUACAGAGGUGAGGAGAGUGGCUGUAAAUUGGAUUGAGAAGAGCAGUGAUGAUGAACUCGCCGACUAUCUGCCACAGCUUGUACAGGCCUUAAAGUUUGAGUGUCAUCUGAAGAAUGCCCUUGUCAUUUUCCUGCUGUCCAGAGCACAAGGCAACAUCAGCAUCGCCCACUACCUCUACUGGCUGCUAAAGGAUGCUGUGCAGGAUCCUGCCUGGGGCUGGCGUUAUGAACGUGUACUGGGUGCCCUGCUGUGUCUGUGUGGAGUCAAGCUCAGGGCUGAGCUGGAGAAACAGACUCAACUGGUGACCCUGCUGGGAGCGGUGGCGGAGAGGGUCAAACAAGCCGGGGGGUCAACGCGACAGGUGGCGCUGCAGGACGGCCUUGAAAACGUUCAGAACUUUUUCCAGAGAAACAACUGCCGACUGCCUCUCGGCCCCAGUCUGGUGGCCAAAGAACUUAAUUUUAAGGCCUGCUCAUUCUUCAACUCCAACGCAGUUCCCCUCAAGUUGGCCCUGGUCAAUGCCGAUCCACUGGGAGAAGAGAUCAAUGUAAUGUUCAAGGUCGGAGAAGACCUGCGCCAGGACAUGUUGGCUCUUCAGAUGAUCCGCAUCAUGGACCGCAUCUGGCUGCAGGAGGGGCUGGACCUGCGCAUCGUCAACUUCAAGUGCAUCUCCACUGGAAAAGACAAAGGUAUGGUUGAGCUGGUGCCGUCCUCUGACACCUUGAGAAAGAUCCAGGUGGAAUACGGCGUGACGGGAUCCUUCAAAGACAAACCUUUGGCAGAGUGGCUUCGAAAAUACAACCCUGCUGAGGACGAGUAUGAGAAGGCGUCGGAGAACUUUAUCUACUCAUGUGCGGGAUGCUGCGUUGCAACCUACAUACUGGGCAUCUGUGAUCGCCACAACGACAACAUCAUGCUGCGCUCCACCGGUCACAUGUUCCACAUUGACUUUGGCAAGUUUCUCGGCCACGCCCAGAUGUUUGGCAGCUUCAAAAGGGACCGGGCUCCAUUUGUCCUGACGUCAGACAUGGCAUACGUCAUCAAUGGAGGCGAGCGCCCCACCAGCCGUUUCCAGCUGUUUGUAGACUUGUGUUGUCAGGCCUACAACCUCAUCCGCAAACACUCCGGGCUUUUCCUCAACCUGUUGUCACUGAUGACCUCAUCGGGCCUUCCAGAACUGACCGGCUCCCAGGAUCUCAAGUAUGUUUUUGAUGCUCUGCAGCCUCACAACACUGAUGCUGAGGCGACCAUCUUCUUCACCAGGUUAAUCGAGUCCAGUCUGGGAAGUGUGGCCACCAAGUUCAACUUCUUUAUCCAUAACCUUGCCCAGCUACGAUUCUCUGGCCUGCCGACCAAUGAUGAGCCUAUACUGUCUUUCUCCCCCAAAACCUACACCCUGAAACAGGAGGGCCGCAUCGUCCAUGCGACCAUCUUUUCCUUCCAGAAGAGAUACAACCCCGACAAGCAUUAUACAUAUGUAGUGAGGAUCCUAAGAGAUGGUCAGAAUGAGCCCCAGUUUGUCUUCCGCACUUUUGAUGAGUUCCAGGAGCUCCACAACAAACUGACCAUACUUUUUCCUCUGUGGAAGCUGCCAAGUUUCUCUAACAAAAUGGUGCUUGGCCGCACCCACAUUAAAGAAGUGGCAGCCAAGAGGAAGCUGGAGCUCAACAACUAUGUCCACAACCUGAUGAGGAGCUCCACAGAAGUCACUCAGUGCGAUCUGAUCUACACUUUCUUUCAUCCGAUUGCACGGGAUGACAAGACGGAAGGUUUAGAUGCCACAGCCAAAGCACCAGAGCCUCCACUGAGUCCCACUUCUGGACGAGUGGAGGGAGAAGUGAAGCUCUCUAUCUCCUACAGGAACAGCACUCUCUUCAUCAUGGUCAUGCACAUCAGGGAUCUGGUUUCUGAAGAUGGAACAGAUCCCAACCCGUAUGUUAAAACCUACCUGCUUCCUGAUCCACACAAGACUUCCAAACGCAAGACAAAGAUCUCCAGGAAAACCCGAAACCCAACUUUCAAUGAGAUGCUGGUGUACAGUGGCUACAGUAAAGAAACCCUGGGCCUGCGGGAGCUUCAACUGAGUGUGCUCAGUGCCGAGUCACUGCGUGAGAACUACUUUCUGGGCGGGAUCACGCUCAGACUCAAAGACUUUGACCUCAGCAAGGAGACGGUCAAGUGGUACAAACUUACAGCAGUUCCAUACUUUUAGCGCCCACUUGUCCCUCCCUGAAGCCGAACAACGACUCUCCAGACAAAAGCUGCAUUCACAUCAUAUGGGAAAGGCAGCUGAUGCAGCCUGACUUGAAAAUAUUGGUCAGAGAUGAAUCAUCAUGUCUUUGGUGAUAUAUGACAUCAUUAAAGUAUGUAAUUAGUGCUGUUCUAAUCAUAAUUAUCAUGGCAGGAUCAAAAUUUUGCUAAAACACAUUUAUACUAAUAAAUUAAAACCUCCUGUCAUCCCGUUGCCUUUGAGUUUAAUCCCAUAUGACAUGAAUGCAGAAUAAAAACUUGAGACUCAACAACAGAGGAACAACGACCGAAACAGGCCUCUUCACUCAGAGCCUGUUCUCAAUUCUACACUAGUUUCUCUCCCAUUGUCACUAAUCAAGAUUGUUUCUGUGACAAAUGGCCUCCACUUAUUGUGUUUCUCUUUUUUUCCUAAACUAUAACAAAGAACUGUAAUGAUUUGUACAUUUUGAUAUUAGAGGACCAAAACGGCUUACUUGCAGGAGAGAAUAUAUAGAUUUACCCAGUUCUUUUUUAAGGAAUAGACCAGAAAGGGCUCAUUUUUACACUUUACAUGUUUAUUUUCUCCAUGGACAAAUAAGGAGGCAUCAGGGUUUCCUGCUCUGCAUCAGACACUUCUGAGUAGAGUAGUCCAAAACACCACAUUACAAAAAAAAAAUCAACAGUGACCUUAUUAUUAUUCCCCUGAGAAUGUGCCAAAAUUAAUGAGGACGGCAAAUCAAAUCACUCUCACCAAAAGGGUGCCUUUGUUUGUGCUCACAAUGUCUUUUUAAUGCUCAACUUGGCCUUAUUGCUAUGUAUAUUUUAUUAACAAUGUGAUUUGUCCUUAUUAAAAUAUAUAUAUAUUCUGUAAAGCUACAUGAGUAGAUCUUUCAGAGCAGGUCUGCUGCGAGACUGGCAUCUUAAGGUGUAUUUUUUAACAGUGGACUGCCACUAAAUGCACACUACCAGGUCUUUCUGUCGUGGUAUUACUUGACAAUUUUCACACAGCACACCUUAAAGGGGAACUUUUAUCAUAAGCUUGGAACACACUCUUGUCUUUGCUUUGGAUGAAGAGAAGAUGUUGCCCUUUCACAUGGAUCAUAUGUCAGUCCUGCGUUUCUUUCAGGUGGUUCAAAACCACAAUGCAGACUUGCAGAAAGCAGUUUUAGAAAUGUAGCGUGUGGAGAUGAGGCUUUUUCCCACAUUGGCAACAAUACCACACUCGCACCCGGCCCCUAAUCAUGGUGUACUCAUGCCAUGCAGGCCGACAUGGGUAAUUAUAUUAAUAAACUGCAAGGGAAGUACAGAUCUAGUCCAUUCUAUAAUCUUGAGAUAAUGCACGCUGACCAUAGGUCAGUGGUAAAAGGGCAACUCAAACUUAAAACAUCUUUCUAAAGGGAACAAGAUCGUGAGCAAAAAUAAAACGGCUGCUUUCUUCUCCACUCACUUCUAACUAUAAAUCUAAAGUUGUUGUUAAUGUUUAAUAAAGCAAUUUUGAUGAAUUUAUCUGAAAAGUUUUUAAGAGAUCUACAAGACAAAAUAUGAUUUAAGAGCGACACUCACACUAUAAAUAUUAGUGACUUGAUCCAUUCUUUUAGUGACUGUACAAAGACGGCAAGAAGAGUUUGUAUUAACAUGGCCAGUUAUUUAUUCUUAAUUGGUGACCUGUAAUCUGAAUGGAUCAGUGUGUACUGUAAUUCCUCUUUCCUAAAGCAAUUAAAUGUUUUUGGAACUAA